CACUCUUACUUAAUCGGACGGUCACGAUGGCUUCCGCCAACGACCUCUCCCGAUUAUAAGCUCUCCUACUCCGCACGCGAGCCGCGCCUCCGGAGCAAACCCUCGCCCAAACCCCCGCGGAGAGCUUCGUCAGAGGAAUGGGGGCGUACAAGUACGUGUCGGAGCUAUGGAGGAGGAAGCAAUCGGAUGUGAUGAGGUUUCUGCAGCGGGUGAGGUGUUGGGAGUAUCGCCAACACCCCUCGAUCGUCCGCGUCACGAGGCCUACUCGCCCCGACAAGGCGCGGCGCCUCGGCUACAAAGCGAAGCAGGGCUAUGUGGUGUACCGCGUUAGAGUUAGGCGUGGAGGCAGGAAGAGGCCUGUCCCCAAGGGUAUUGUUUAUGGGAAGCCCAAGAACCAGGGUAUCACGCAGCUCAAGUUCCAGAGGAACAAGAGGUCGGUCGCUGAGGAGAGAGCUGGCCGCAAGUUGGGUGGUCUUAAGGUCCUCAACUCUUACUGGAUCAAUGAGGAUUCAACCUACAAGUACUAUGAGGUCAUCCUUGUAGAUGCUGCUCACAACGCGAUCCGCAACGAUCCGAGGAUCAACUGGAUCUGCAAGGGUGUCCACAAGCAUCGCGAGCUUCGUGGGCUUACCUCGGCCGGUAAGAAGUACCGUGGCCUGCGGGGCAAGGGCCACCCGCAUCACAAGGCAAGGCCGUCUCGCAGGGCUACUUGGAAGAGGAACCAGACACUAUCGCUGCCCCGAUACCGCUGAACCUAAAAUAUUUCAGUUGGAGAGCAUUGAUUUCUGGAUUUUGUUUGACUAAAAAGAGUUAUAUAUUUUCGUCCGUUUUGUUUCCGGUGGCUGUUUGAACUCUUAGAACUAAGCUAGUUGGUUUUUUGCUCUUCCAGUCUAUGAAAUGCACUAUGGUGAAUUUGUUGGUGAUUUUUGUUUUCAUUGCUAUCUUUUUGGUGCUUC